UGAGUGUCCUGCUUCGGACUUUAGUCUUUGCAACAUAAUUUUCCGUCCGAAUGGUGAGCGUGCUAUGACCACCUCCUUGGUCCUGAAUCCUCGCUGGGCGGACACGGUUAUGUUUGUAUAUGAAAACAACUUGGAUGAGCUGAAGAACAUGGAGGGUCUGGUUGGAAGUGGCAAUUUUGCGGCCAACCAGUGCAGGAAUCUGAUGGCCCACUCGGCUUUGAGUAGCCACCCGUCCAGCCUCGUCCACGGCUCCAGCUAUUCCACUGUGGACGUAUCGACUUCAAGUUCUGCAGAGCCGGGCAAGCAGUGCACACCCUGCCCAGCGGUUCCACAGGCCUCGUCCACCGGUCCCAUCCCGUACGGCUACUUUGGCAACAGCUAUUAUCCUUGCAGAAUGGGGCGGGGUUCCCUCAAGUCCUGCACGCAGCCGAGCGCACUCAGCUACUCUGCUGAAAAAUACAUGGAUACCCCGGUCACAUCUGAAGAAUAUCCUAGCAGGGCUAAAGAGUUCGCCUUUUACCACAGCUACCCCAGUCCCUACCAGUCCAUGGCCAGUUAUUUGGACGUGUCAGUGGUACAGACGCUUGGAACGGGAGAGCCGCGACACGAUAGUCUCCUGCCUAUGGACAGCUAUCAACCUUGGGCUCUGGCUAACGGAUGGGGUAGUCAGAUGUAUUGCUCCAAGGACCAGAGCCAGGCUGGCCAUCUCUGGAAGUCUGCAUUAGCGGAUGUUGUGGCCCACCAACAUGACGGGGGCUCAUUCCGUCGAGGUAGAAAGAAGCGGAUACCGUACACAAAAGUACAACUCAAGGAACUGGAGAAAGAAUAUGCAGCCAACAAAUUCAUCACAAAGGACAAGAGGAGAAAGAUUUCAGCGGCAACCAACUUAUCCGAGCGUCAAAUCACGAUUUGGUUUCAAAACAGGAGGGUUAAGGAAAAGAAAUUCAUUGCCAAAGUUAAGAACAGUGCGCCAUAAAGCAAAACUGCAUUUUUGUCGUUUUCCGACUGUUUUUCUCGGUGACUUCAAAUAAAGAAAAGAAUAAAAGAGAAAAAAUCGUCGCGAGGACGUUUUUUUGGACUGGGGGUUUCUUUUCGCAUUUACACCAACAGAAAAAAGAAAAAAAGAAAAGAAAAGAAUGGGACUCAAAAAUGAUUAAACUUAAUAAAUGGAAAACAUGAAAGGACAAUAUAGCUUGUAUAUAACGCACGUGCCUGCCUAUAUGUAACUGUGUUCGUUUGAAGUAUUUUAGUCUUCUUUUAGCUUGCAUUUAAAUGUUAUAUAGGCUAUGUCAAUUGUUGUCGUUGUUGUUGUAGUCCUAUACCUUAUUACUCAAUACCUGUCAGUACCUAUAUACUAUGUUUAUAUCGCUUGUAAAACAUAAUAACAUAUAUAUCACAAACCUUAAUAAAUAUGUUAAUUCCAUUCACUGUUUUCAUAGCAAAGUAGUAGCCUUUUUAUGUAUUAUUCUCAUUGAGCGUCGCCCAAUGACUCUUUUCAGUCCUCUGUUGUCAAAUUGGCUGAUGCCAUUGGUGACAUGAUGAUACUGACAAACAGUUUCUGCCAUUUUUCUAAAACUGGGUAAAGAAAAUUUGUAGCACUUUAAUGUUAUCGAUUUCUGGCAGAUGUAGAAACCUUUUUUCAAUUUAAAUGUGCAUUAAUCUCUUGAAAUUAUACAUCAAAUGUAUGAUUCAUCAUAACAAUGGCUUGUUAUGGAGCCUUUGGGAAUUUUAGACCUUUAUUGUUUUACAAUGUGAAUGCAAACACGUGAACUCAGAGCGCCUUAGAAUUUUCUUUAAGGUAAAAAAGUAAAGUUUAUAAAAGAAAUGUUAUAGCAAUCUGGAGCACUUAUGUAUCCUAACAAUUUCAUAUACAUUCAUGAACAGUGGUUUCAAAACUUGGUAAUAUAUGGGUCUUUUUCUCCUCACGGUUAGAGCUAUAGCGGGAGUGUUUUGAUGUUGGCCGAGAAGGAGGGGGCGCUCGACUACAGAAGAUGUAAGCACUAAAUCAGCCCUUAACCUUGACCUUGAAAGUCACGUGCUUAAAGAUAAGAAAUAGCUUUUUUCUUUCCUGAAAGUAUUAAUAUUCAAGAAUUUCAUUCAAACUGUAACAUAUUCACAGUUUGCCUGGGGGCUCUUCACAUUUAAACGCAACUGUCUGUCAAUUGCCUCAAGCCAAAUUAAACGCUAUUGAUUUUAUUCUGGUGAUGCAUGCAGUAAUGAACAGAUCAUACUUCAGGUGUCUUAUUAUAGCCUAAUUCUUUAUAUAUCAAGUAGCCUAGUAGGCUACAUUAACUCUUGGGCUCAGAAAUGAAAAGUUGCCUCUGUCCUCACCAUGCGCAGAUUUAAACACGAUUAUCUCUAGUUUAUAGUCUCCAGCAGACCUAAUUUACGUUUCUGCUCAAGUCCGAACAGUUUAAUUGUCAGACAGUGAACAGAUCCGCAGCCUAUUGCCUUUGCAACCUGCACUUAAUGUCGGUCUAGAUUAGUAAGGGUGUAAAAGGUCUGUCGUUACUCAGCGGCUUCAAUUGUCACCUUCGGCAAGCUCUAGUCCACUUUCAAGUUGUGCUAUUCCUUCGAUCAUUAUUUGCUCAGUGUAGCCUAUACACUGCUGUCAAAGCUCGGCAUAUAAAGAUCUUAAAUACUACGUGCAUAAAUUUAAGUCAAAACCAACUGAUGCUGAUACUGGUUUAAUUUUAAUUCUGGAAUGAGUGUAUGGCAAAGUUCUGCGGUGGUGACAUGCAAGGAGCAAUAUUUAAAUUCACAAUUUAUAAUUUUCGUAUCUCACCCAUUCAUUAAAUGCAUAGGUGUCUCGUCUGCAUAAAAAAAAAAAAAAAACGUUUUAAGCUUCAAUAUUUAACAUUAACUUCCUGGUGACGGGAUCUGUUAUAAAUCUAAGCUUCUGGCAAACUAACACAUGCAAAGGCCCCUGGUGUUAUUUUGAGUCGAUUUCAUAUUUUUGUUUUUAUUUUCUGAGCAUAACAUUUAAUCACAAGAAAGUCUAAUUGUAGGAUUUCUAAAUGAAUAAAACACUGUCACUUCUGUUGGA